UUGUUGAGGAACCCCGCUCACCGGUGAGGGGGGCAAGAUGGCGGCGCUCGCCAGCUCCUUGAUCCGGCAGCGCAGAGAGGUGAAGGACCCUCAGGCCAACCGGCAGAUCGCCAGCAAGCGCAAGCCCUGCCCCAAGAGCAACAAGUCCCUCUGCCAGAAGCAGAUCCUCAUCCUUAUUUCCAAAGUGCGGCUGUGUGGGGCCCGGGGCCGCAGGCUGGACAAGAGGCCAGAGCCCCAGCUGAAAGGCAUCGUCACGCGCCUCCACUGCCGGCACGGCUUCUACCUCCAGAUGCUGCCGGACGGCACCUUGGACGGCACGAAAGACGAGAACAGCUCCUUCCUGCUGUUUAACCUGAUCCCGGUGGGACUGCGCAUCGUGGCCAUUCAGAGCACCAAGACCGGCCUGUACAUCGGCAUGAACAGCGAGGGGUACCUCUACACCUCCGAGCACUUCACCCCAGAGUGUAAGUUCAAGGAGUGUGUAUUUGAGAACUACUACGUGACGUACUCCUCAAUCCUGUACCGGCAAAGCCAGUCCGGCCGGGCCUGGUACAUCGGCAUCAACCGAGACGGCCAGGUCAUGAAGGGCAACAGGGUCAAAAAGACCAAAGGGGCGGCUCACUUUCUGCCGAAACUCAUCGAAGUGGCCAUGUACAGGGAGCCCUCGCUGCAUGACGUUGCAGAACAGAGCCCCCCAAGGAAGACAGUCAAGACCUCCGACUCCCCCAUCCUGCAGAACGGCAAGAAGGAUCCCCCAAAAGCAGACGCCUCCUAGCCCACACAGUGCGUGGGGGGAUGGGGGGCGGGGCUGGCGUGAGACAGGAAUGGGCGGAGCCCUCAAGGUAACACUGACGCUGAGAACUCUCUCUCCCAUCAUACCCUGGGGUUGGACCAUGGCCCUGGGAACCCUGCACUAUAAGCAAAGGUGCCCUCCUCUCCACAACUCCCUCCCGCUACGUCUGGGAUGGCCAAGCAAUAAAAACCCAAAUGAAAGAAACGGUAGGGGUGCCUCACCACCGCAAAGCUGAUCAGCUGAUCUCAGAAGGAUGACCUUUCACCCCAACCAGCAACUAGCAGCCUUUAUGGGCGUGGUCCUGAAGACUCACAGCACAGCUCAGACAGGCCCUCGGCAGCUCACCUCCAUCAGAGCCGGCAUUGAACUGGAGCUGUCACCUGCAGCGCAACAGACCCUGCACUACCCUCAGGCUCUCAUCUGGCACAUAACAGAGCUUCGACUAACCUCAAGCUGUCGCCUCCAACACAACAGAGCCUGCACAGACCAGACACUGUCAUCUCCAACACCACAGAGUCUGCACAGACCAGACGCUGUCAUCUCCAACACCACAGAGUCUGCACAGACCAGACGCUGUCAUCUCCAACACCACAGAAAUUGCACUAGCCUCAAGGUGUCCCCUGCAAAAUCCUGCACUAGCCUGGGGGCGUAAUGUCGACCAUGCCUUUCUUUAUUGAAUCUUCCAGACUGAAAUUUCUCGGUUUCAAAAGCCAUGUUCGAUGCAAACCUCAAUGAAACUAACUGGUUGGCUGCUGAGGAUCAUUUUUUUCCACCUCAGAUUAAGAGGAAAAAACAGCAGCAAGUUCACUGUCAUCUCUCUAAUGUGAUCUCAAAUGUAACACAAGAAAGAAGAGGAACCCCUGAAGCCCUCCCCACACAGUGAUCCUUAUUUAUCUACCUGUGGCUACCUGUCUGAAACGGUUUCUUCCCCAUCGCUUACACUGACACCAGUGGCAACACAGGUGGCCGGGUGCUUUUGGACAGAAUGCUUUUACCUUUGUUGUUCACGGCAGUGAAUUAUGCCACCAUUGUCUUCAUCACCGUUAAGAUGUUUCAGAUCUAUGUGGAUUUACCCAGCUCUGCCAUAAGCAGUCAGCAGGCUGUCACUCCAGUUCUCUCCCCGCUGUGGCCUCACUCAGCACACAUUUAACCUCACUCAGUAUCAUUCAGUACUGUCCCAUCAGAUCCAGCCAAUCAAAACACCAUCAGGACAGUUCACAUGGAGGGGUAUAGGAAUGAGGAGAAUAAGAAUUUUUCUGUUGUGGAAAAGUAACAGAUAUUUACAUUAGAGGAUCACACUUAGCAGAUGCUGUACUGCUGAUCACUACUGCAGUCUGCCAGAUGCAAUCUGCAACGAGGUGGUCACUGGCAUGUUAAAUGUGUGCUGAAAUUAAUGGCAAAAUACAGCUGGGAUAAAUAGCUGGUGAUGAUAAUAACAGUAAUAAUAAUUGUUCAAUGGUCUUC